UUCGUAACAUCACUCGUCAUAAAUCUCAUUCGAACUACGCGAAAUACACAUUUUGAGCACAUAUCGAAAAUGGUCGAUAGCGAUUGUCAACUUCACGUGGUUAAAACAGACUGAGGUUAAGACAGGCGUCGGUGCGCGCGUGAGUGUCGUACGAUUAAAUUUGAGAAUUAGGUCUACAUCAUUAAAACGAUGAUAGCGUUAGAAACGGUCGAAAGAAUGAAUAGGUCGCCUAAAAAACCAAAAGUUGAAAUACAAUUCGCUAACGACAGGGCUGAAUCGUCGGAUGAUGGGGACGUUGACUCGGGUCAGGAAACUGAGGAAAAUAUGGUCGAGAGUGCGGAUGAAGGUGACAUAGAAGAUGCAUUGGGGAGUGAUGAGGUGGAAUCAGGCUCUGCGGAAGAAGAGGAUGAUUCGACCGCACCAAAUUCUAAUAGCGAUGAUGACAAAUCCAAAGGAAACCCCGGGUGGGCAGACGCGAUGAAGAAGAUAUUACGAACAAAAAAGCCCAAGCGCAAGACAAGCAUAGUUUUGUCAAAGGCGAAAAAAUUGUGCGACGUAGUACCGAAAUCAAAAAUAGUUAGCCCUGGUUUUGAAGUCGAUGGAAAUGAGGAGAUUGUUACAGAAGAACCAUCAAAAAAAUUGAAGACAAGCCAAGAUAAGAGAGAAAAAGAGGCGGAACAUGGUAUGAGGAAAAGAAGAGAGGUAGAUCUUGGAAUUAGGGUAAAACCUACGCCCCUUGAUAGGGACCGAGAAAAAACAUUACAGAAAAUAGCGACAAAGGGUGUAGUACAAUUAUUCAACGCUGUACGCCAACAGCAAAAGGAUAUCGAGAAACGUUUGGAAGAAGCCGGACCACUGGAAAGAAAACGUGAAAUGGUUUUGAAAAAUAUUGACAAACGGGCAUUCUUAGAUGUUCUUAUGGGUGGUACUAAGAGCAUCUCCGUUGACGGUCCAGUUAAAACUGAAAACCAAAACGACAUGCAAAUGGAAAAGGGUGAUGAGGAAAAAACUUGGAAUGUGCUGAGGGAUGAUUUCAUGAUGGGAGCGAAGUUGAAAGAUUGGGACAAAAAUGCAGAGGACGACGAAGCAGAUUCGUCCGCCCCCGAAGAAAUGGACAGCGAUGAUUAAGUCUCCUAAAUUGUGAACAGUUAAUGAAGAACACCAAGGCUCGUAUCAAAUUCGAAUAAAUAAUACUAAUCAAAAUCUUGACGUCGCAGGAACAGUGUACAAUGAUGAAAUAGAAUUUCCUUCGUCAACCAGUAAGUCGAGUAUUUACAAAGAUGAAAAUAUAUUUACAAAAAAAAAAGACCACUCAAUAUUGAAAAGAAAUGUACACCAAUUCUAUACAAGGUAUACUAUCACUAUUUGUACAAACGUUUGCAGUUUGAUUUUAUUGUGUGUAUGUAUAAUAUAGUACAGCUAGAUAUUAAAUAUUUAAUAUACAUAAUUAUUUUAUUCUCGUCUUAAUAAUUGUAACAUCAUGAUGAACAUUAAAAUCGUUACAUUUCUCAGAUUACGCUUGAAUCGGGUAUAUUUACUUUUCUGGUAACAGACCAUUCGAUUGCACGAGUUGCCCAUUCUCAUACUUUCAUGACUUCGAAACUUGAAAUGACGUAAUAUCAACCAUUCAGCCCCGACUAAUCAACUGUUCGACCGAAAGAUUAUUUGAUUCGUGGAAUACGAUCAAUAAGUUCAGCCACAUCUUCACCCAAGUGAAACACGAGCAUGAUACAUUUUCCAAACAGAAAUGCCUAUACGACAAUCUUUUCAGACCUCGAGUCAUUCAUCAAUAAUCGUGCAAAACUGAUCAUACAGAUGCUUGUAAAUGUACAAUUACAUUCAUGCAUGUAUCAUUCUUCUCUCAUCAGCUAAAACGAAGAGCAAUAACUGUACAGAUUUUAACUCUCGGAUUUCGAAAUGCACACGGUUUUCAUUCUACGAAGCUGUUUCCUAUUAAUUGAAUGAUGGUCAACCAGGAACAACUCCUGAGUAUCUACAAAUACAUUAUGUGGAUGAAUUUAUGUGUGUACCUAUUAUUUCUAAUUGUAUCCAAAUGCGUAUACCUAUAUAUUAUGUUAUGGACUGUCGCUUAAUGAAAUACCAAAAUAUAUUUUUGUAUAUUUCACAAUAUUGUUGUAGCUACCAUCACUCUCUCGUGGAAAUGAAGUUAUUCUGCGAGUACUAUCGACCACCUCUGCGUUCACAAUAUGUUCGCAAUUUAUACUCUACUGUAUUCAUGCAUACAUACCUAUGUGAUUAUAUGGAUUCAUGUGUCUGACCCAGAAACAAAGCACGACACAGCCUAACGAGUAUGCAACUCGGUAUACAGAACAGCUAUGAUUGCAGUAUUGCAGUUUGCACACAAUCAACAAAUGCUGUUCAAAUUCAUACGUAAUGUGCGGUUUCCAGCGAUGAUGUGUGCGGAAAGUAAGAUAAAAGGAGAAAAGUACAAUCGAUUCAG